UGCCGGUAGGGUUCUUACGGAGGCUGCUACUGGCACGAUGGUACUGAACAACGAGCCGGCUGCGAGCGCCGCGGAGGAGGAGGUGGAGGAUGAUGCGCUUGUCCGCGCCUCCGCCCUGGAAGCGUUCGGCGAGAGUGAGGAGACCCGCGCGCUGCUCCGCAGCUUGCCGGCGGUGCACCGCGAGCGCGCGGCCCGGGAGGUGGCGGAGGAGCGGUUCCGCGUAAUUAUGGACAAAUACCAGGAGCAGCCCCACCUCCUGGACCCACACCUCGAGUGGAUGAUGAACUCACUGUUGGACAUAGUACAGGAUGAGACAUCUCUGCCCGACCUUGUACAUCUGGCUUUUAAAUUUCUGUAUAUCAUCACCAAGGUUCGUGGAUAUAAAGUAUUUCUGCGUCUGUUUCCCCAUGAAGUAGCUGAUGUUCAGCCUGUGUUAGAUAUGUUCACAGGACAGAACCCUAAAGACCAUGAGACAUGGGAAACUCGCUACAUGCUUUUACUGUGGCUGUCUGUGACCUGCUUGAUCCCUUUUGAUUUUUCACGCCUUGAUGGGAACCUGCCCACUCAAUCUGGAGAAACACGGAUGCCCAUAAUGGACCGAAUUCUGCAAAUAGCACAGUCUUACUUGGUGGUCAGUGACAAGGCGCGAGAUGCGGCUGCUGUCCUUGUGUCCAAGUUUAUCACACGUCCUGAUGUCAAGCAGAGAAAGAUGGCCAGCUUUCUGGACUGGAGCCUUUGUACCUUGGCCCACUCUUCCUUCCAGACCAUUGAGGGUGUCAUUACCAUGGAUGGGAUGUUGCAGGCCCUGGCUCAAAUAUUUAAGCAUGGAAAACGUGAAGACUGUCUACCCUAUGCCAACACUGUGCUCCAGUGCCUUGAUGGAUGUAGACUCCCCGAGAGCAAUCACACCUUACUGCGGAAGCUUGGCGUGAAGCUUGUCCAGAGGCUGGGGCUGACUUUCCUGAAGCCAAAGGUGGCCACGUGGAGGUAUCAGCGUGGCUGUCGGUCUUUGGCUGCCAACCUGCAGCUCCGUGCUCCGGGUCAGAGUGAACAGAAGCUGCUGUCUGAUAGUUUGACCUCUGAUGGUGAUGAAGACUAUGAUGUCCCGGAGGGGGUGGAAACUGUGAUAGAGCAACUGCUGGUUGGGCUGAAGGACAAGGACACGGUAGUGCGGUGGUCUGCAGCUAAAGGAAUUGGUAGGAUGGCUGGAAGGCUUCCCAGAGAGCUGGCAGAUGAUGUGGUGGGGUCCGUGUUGGACUGUUUCAGCUUUCAGGAGACAGAUAAGGCAUGGCAUGGUGGCUGUCUGGCACUGGCAGAGCUGGGUAGACGAGGCCUGUUGCUGCCAUCGAGACUCUCAGAGGUUGUCACAGUGAUCCUGAAGGCCCUUACCUACGAUGAGAAGCGGGGUGCCUGCAGCGUGGGGGCCAACGUCAGGGAUGCUGCCUGCUAUGUGUGCUGGGCUUUUGCACGUGCCUACGAGCCUCAGGAGUUGACACCUUUUGUGACUGCCAUUUCAAGUGCCCUGGUCAUUGCUGCUGUAUUUGACCGAAAUGUGAACUGCAGAAGAGCAGCCUCUGCUGCCUUCCAGGAGAACGUGGGGAGACAGGGUACUUUUCCUCAUGGAAUUGAUAUUUUGACUACAGCAGACUAUUUUGCAGUUGGUAACAUUUCUAACUGUUUCCUGAUUAUAAGCGUGUUUAUUGCUGGCUUCCAGGAAUACACCAAGCCAAUGAUCGACCACCUGGUCUCCAUGAAAAUCAACCACUGGGAUGGGGCCAUCCGAGAACUGUCUGCAAAGGCACUGCACAACCUGACUCCACUAGUACCCGAGUACAUGGCCACUCACGUAUUCCCAGCACUACUGCUGAUGACACAGAGUCCAGAUCUACACACGAGACAUGGUGCCAUCCUUGCCUGUGCAGAGGUCACCUAUGCCCUGUACAAGCUGGCCGCACAGAGUAACAGGCUUGUCACAGACUAUCUGGAUGAGAAGGCAGUGCAAAGCCUGAAGGAGAUCCACCAGCAGCUUUGUGAUCGCCAUCUCUACCGGGGUCUGGGAGGAGAGCUUAUGAGACAAGCAGUGUGCAUCUUAAUAGAGAAAUUGUCACUUUCCAGAAUGCCCUUUAAAGGUGACACCGUUAUUGAGGGAUGGCAGUGGCUGAUAAAUGACACUCUCAGGAGUCUUCACCUUGUUUCAAGCCAUUCCAGAGAACAGAUCAAGGAGGUGGCUGUCUCUGCCCUGGCUGCCCUCUGCAAUGAAUACUACAAGAAGGAGCCUGGGGAGGCAGGCUCUACCAUCACAGAGGAGCUGAUUCCACAGUACCUUGCUGAACUCCGAAGCCCAGAGGAGAUGACCCGUUGUGGCUUUUCCUCAGCCUUGGGUGCCCUCCCGUGUUUCCUUCUCAGGGGCCAUCUGCAGCAGGUUCUCUCAGGUCUGAGAAGAGUCACCUGUACUACUUCUCCCAUGGAUGUGAGCUUUGCUGAGGCCAGGAGAGACAGUUUGAAAGCAAUCUCGAGAAUUUGCCAGACGGUUGGUGUGAACACACAGGGACCUCCAGAUGAAGUCAUAUGCAAAGAGAACAUCUCUGAGGUUUAUGCUGCAUUGCUGGGCUGCAUGAGUGAUUACACCACAGACAGCAGAGGGGAUGUGGGAGCCUGGGUUCGUGAGGCUGCCAUGACCAGCCUCAUGGAUUUGAUGCUUUUGCUGGCACAGACUGAGCCAGUGCUGAUUGAGGCCCACAUCUGUGAGCGUGUCAUGUGUUGCGUUGCCCAGCAGGCAAGUGAGAAGAUUGAUCGGUUCCGUGCUCAUGCUGCCCGGGUAUUCCUGACUCUCUUGCACUUCGACAGCCCUCCCAUUCCCCAUGUUCCCCACCGCAAGGAACUGGAAAGUCUGUUUCCCAGGUCUGAUGUGGCCACUGUGAACUGGAAUGCACCUUCACAGGCCUUCCCUCUUAUCACCCAGCUCUUGGGACUGCCUACCUAUAGAUACCAUGUCCUGCUAGGGCUGGCCGUGUCCGUGGGUGGCUUGACAGAGUCUACGGUCAGACAUUCUACACAGAGCCUCUUCGAGUACAUGAAGGGGAUUCAGAAGGAUGCUCAGGUCCUGGAGAGCUUCAGUGAGACCCUCCUAAAGGUCUUUGAGGACAACCUCUUGAAUGACAGAGUGUCUGUAUCGCUGCUGAAAAUGCUGGACCAGCUGUUGGCCAAUGGGUGCUUUGACAUCUUUACUGCUGAGGAGAACCACCCCUUUUGUGUGAAGUUGCUCACACUUUGUAAGGAAGAAAUCAAGAAGUCAAAAGACAUCCAGAAACUUCGGUCAAGCAUUGCAGUGCUCUGUGGGAUGGUGCAGUUCAGUGGUGAUGUGAGAAAGAAGGUUCUUCUGCAGCUCUUCCUCCUCCUUGGCCACCCUUUUCCUGUGAUCCGGAAGAGCACAGCAAGCCAGGUUUAUGAGAUGGUGCUCACCUAUAGCGACUUGGUAGAUGCUGAGGUGCUUGAUGAGGUCAUGUCUGUGCUCAGUGACACAGCCUGGGACGCAGAGCUUCCCGUUGUAAGAGGACAGCGGAAUCACCUGUGUGACCUCCUUGGUGUGCCCAGACCCCAACUGGUUCCAAAGCCUGUUCCAGGAAGCUGAGCCUUGCCCGCCUAGCUGGGAUGCCUUGCCCUGAGGCUCCACAACAGGCUUUACCAUCAUGGAAACUUGGUGCCACAGACUUCUGAGAAAGGUAGCACCUGCUGCUAGAUGGAUUGGGAGGCCAUCCCCAGAGAGCAGCAAUUCCUCAUGCAUGCUGUGCUCUGGUGGCCUGGACUGCCCAUACUUUUGCUGUCACACAGAUGUGCUUCUCAUUAAAUCAUGUAUCACACA